AUGUUGGACAACGGGCGCAGAGCAGAAUGCGACAUUUUCAAAGCAGGUGAGAUUGGCGUGCCAGCUGCGGCACAGCAGGCUCAGGCCUUGCAGCCUGGGCGCGUCACCGCGCCUCCGCCGCGCCAGGCGCCUGAGAUGGUCCAAGCUCCCAAGGUACGUCCCGAGGAGAUGCACUUGCGGGAGCCUGCACCCGAGCCGGUUCCGGAUCCACGCUUGCAGGCGGCGGAGGCGGCGCGUAUGGCAGAGGACCGGGAGGCCUUCAAGAACGACCGGUGCUGGUACUACAAGGACCCCACGGGCAAGACCCAGGGUCCGUUCCAGACGACCCAAAUGGAACAUUGGGCCCAGGCCGGAUACUUCGCACAGGAUCUACCCAUCAGGUUUCGCAACAACGACUUUCAACCUCUGCAGAAGCUCUAUCCACCGCCCACGGAGGCCUUCUCCACACUCCCCGUCGUGGCAAGCCCGCAGCCUCCACCAGCGCCUCAAGCUGCGCAAGCUGCUGCUGCCCAAGCCUUCGAAAAAGCUCAGGCAGAGGCCCUGGCCAAAGCGGCCGCUCUUCGAGAAGCGCAAGCUCGGGAGGAGGCCGUUCGCCAGGCUGCGGCGCAGGCUCAGGCCCAGCAGCUUCGGCUACAACAGGCAGAGGCAGCGGCAGCUCGGCAACGGCAGAUGCAGCUUCUGGCAGAUCCGACUAUGGCUGCGAGCGGCUACAACCAGUACUAUGAGCUCAUGCGCUUGCAACAGGCGCAAGUGGCUGCGGCCCAGGCAGCCCAGGCUGCCCAGGCGCAAGCUGCACAGGCGCAGGCUGCGGCCGUCGCACAGCAUCAGCAGCAGGCUGCUUUGGUUCAGGCGCAAGCGCAGGCCCAGGCCGCCGCCCUUGCCCGCCAGCGUCAGCUCUUGGGCGCUGCGGCAGGUUUCGACGAGGCCCGGAUGACCCAAGAGUACUUGACGAGGAUGCAGGCGGCGCAACUCUUGCAGCAGGCUUCGGCCCAGACAGCGCCAAAGGCAACCCCCACCCCGGCGCCGACACCGGCGGCGGCGGAAUCUCGCUUAGGCCCUCCACCGACAGGUCCGGCUCCGGUCCCGCCGAAGCCGGCACCAGAGGCACGAAUAGGCGCGCAGCCCACACAACCGGCCCCGGCGAAGCCAGGGCCCGCCGACCGUCGGCCGAAUGAGCUGCUGGCUGCGCCGCCCGAUGCACCAGUGCCACCAAAGGAGCCUGCGCUGGAGCUGCUCGAGACGCCUUCCGAACCGCCCUCGAUGCCUGCCAAGGCACCGGCGCCGCAAAUCUCGGCAGAGAGCGUCCUCAAACAGUUGGAGGCGAAGGCCAAGCCCGCCCCGCCGAAGCAGCCGGCGAAGAGGACUGAGGAGGACAAGGGUCAAGGUCGUGCACCGGCAAAGGCUCAGGCGCCACUGGCUCCACCGCCCAGCGCUGCUCCGGAUGUGAAGCCAGGCCCUCCGCAUCGCAAGAACAGCGAUGACUCUCCUGCCGCGCCUCUUCCACAGAUCCAGUCCUCGAAGGAGUUCCCCACCCUCGGUGGGACUGCUGAGGAGGUGGUCAUGGCACCGUCUGAGACUGCUACGGCGACUGGUGGUUUCUGGGAGCGUCCAAUGCGCCCUGUGAAGGUGCCCAACGCCAGCGACUUCCCAGAGCCCGGGCCCUCUCCCAAGGCGGCGAAGGCGAAGGCGACACCCAGCAAGGCCGCUCCAUCCAAGAAGGAUGACGAGAAGAGUGUUCAGAGACGCGAGCAAGCCAAGGAGCUCUUGACGCAACACGGCCUUCCUUUGGAAGAUCCCCUCGUGGGCUUCCUCCUGUCCGUUGGUACCUCCACGGAGGUCCAUGACUACUUGCAGGCUUACUACGAAGCGGACGCUGACACGGCACGUCGCUUUACCGAGGCGUUCGUGGAGAAGGGGCUGAUUGCAGAGAAGCCAGCGAAAGAGGCGGCAGGGGCGGGUGGUCGGAAGAAACGCGUGAAGGGCAAAGAGGUGGAUCCCUCAAUGCUCGGCUUCACAGCGGUUCCUCGAGGGCAGUGA